AACAUGACAGAUACGAUUAUUAUUUUGCUACGCAACAAGAUAUACGUACACUCAAUAAGGCUCUCAAAACCUUAAAAAGUCACAAUAGCUGAUCCGCGCAUUUUCAUUUUUGAACGCUGAACUGUGCUUUCCCUCACUAUGCAAACAGCCGGACCUUCAGGGUUUUACAAUGUACCCACCACUAAGCUCCUCAUUCUGUUUGUGGGAACCUGCUCUGUCCUUGCCUCCAUUCUCGAUUUGAAGCCCAUUUUCCAUCUACAGCUCAGUCCUCAUGUCACCCUUCACCACCAGUUCUGGCGACUACUUACAUCCCAUUGCGCAUUCACAAACUCGGGUGAAUUGUUCUUCGGCUUACUCAUAAUUUACUCUAUGCGUAUUAUUGAACGGCAGUACGGCAGCGCGAAAUAUGCAGCAUUUUUGUUUAUCACAUUAUGGGUUUCAACGUUCCUUGAACUCGGUGCAUUAGUGUCAGGUGCGAAACUGGGAUUCCGACGGAUACCAGGAGGGCCUUAUGCUUUGGUCUUUUCCAUGUUAUACCAAUAUCAUCGCAUUAUUCCUGCCACCUACCGCUUCCGGAUAUUCGGAGCUACUUUGAAUGACAAAAUGUUCCUUUAUGCACCAGCGCUUCAGAUGAUGAUUUCUCAAUCUUUUGCAACAAUUGUACCAUGUAUCUGUGGAAUGAUGGCAGGUGCCUUGUAUCGAUCCGACGUGGGGAAUGUAAAGAAAUGGCGGUUUCCUAGAUAUGUUCGAAACGCUGCUUCUCGAGUAUCUGACGCUUCACUUGCAUCUGGACCUAUUCCUCGGUCAUCAACAACCAUGCCAACAACAGCUAGGUCGUCCGAAAUCUUAACUACUGCAGCGAAUUUACGGAAUCGGCGAUCUAAUGCUGGCACCAACAAUGCCCGUGCUCGAGCUACAAACACAGCUGAUGUCAGGGAAUACAUUGACACCUUAACAGGUCGUGGUGCAUCAGCGGAAGUCCAGCCUCCGCCCGAAGAAGACGUCCAAAUACUGAUGAGUAUGUUUCCCGAUCAUCCACGAGAAACUAUCAUGCGUGCCUUUUCGGCAGGUCACAACAAUAUGAAUCGAGCAGUGGAGAUAAUGCUUAGUACACCUGCACCUGUUGGUAGCAGUAGUAAUGACGGUGCUGGUACUACUAGUGGUAGUAAUAAUAGGCCAUAAAACAAUAUAAUCUUUGUCUGUUUAUUCUUUG